AUGUCCGAAAAUACUAUCCCGCAAACGUUUAGCUGGCCACAUUGGGGCUCACACGUGCAGCUGGCCGGUACUUUCGACCCUCCACACCAGCAAUGGGUUCCAAUUGACAUGAAAAAAGAUGGUGAUUCUUCUGAGUUUAAAGUCACCCUUAACUUAAUGCCAGAAAAGAAAUAUCUUUAUAAAUUCGUGGUUGAUGGCAACUGGGUUCUAAAUCAUGAACAUCCCAGCCACCCCGAUGAUCACGGAAAUAUGAAUCACGUGGUUUCUGUCGAACUACCCUCUCAACCCGAAAGUCCUUUAUUGAAUGAACCGGAAUCUUUAACCACUACAUACGUGCAGGAAACCGAGGAGUCAAAAGAUAUUAAUGAUUUGAAUGAACAAGAGCAAGAGUUGUUGAAUGAAGGAACCCUAGUUGAGGAACAGUGUAUAUUCGAAGAACAAGCAAUUAAGAAGGAACCAUCUGUCGAAGAAAGCAAUGUUAUUGAGGAAGAAGUUAAAGAAUUUCCGGUAAAGCAAGAAAUUAUAGUUGGAGAAAUGCCUAUUAAUAAAGAAGAGAUUAUAGUUGAUGAAAUAUCUAUUAAGAAAGAAACCGUGGUUGAAGAUGAGGGAGUAUUUUUUGAGGAAACCGUAGGAGACAUCGAGGAUCAAAACAAAUCCCGUGAAAUGACAGCUGUUGAGGAAACCACCGAUGAGAAAACCGUAGAAGAUAUCGAAGAACAAGACAAAACCGUAGAAGACAUCGGAGAACAAGACAAAGCCGUAGAAGAAAUCGGAGAACAAGACAAAAGCGUAGAAGAGAUCGGAGAACAAGACAAAAGCGUAGAAGACAUCGGAGAACAAGACAAAAGCGUAGAAGACAUCGGAGAACAAGACAAAACAGUAGUAGACAUCGGAGAACAAGACAAAACCGUGGAAGACAUCGGAGAACAAGAAAAAAUCCUAGAAAACAUCGAAGAACAAGAAAAAAUUCUAGAAGACAUCAGAGAACAUGACACAACCGUAGAAGACAUCAGAGAACAUGAGACAACCGUAGAAGACAUCAGAGAACAUGACACAACCGUAGAAGACAUCAGAGAACAUGACACAACCGUAGAGGACAUCAGAGUACAUGACACAACCGUAGAAGACAUCAGAGAACAUGACACAACCGUAGAAGACAUCAGAGAACAUGACACAACC